UUGUUUCCUUUGAUGCAUGGUUGAAAUUUAGUUAUGCUACUAGCAUCUCCUUUAUAAGAACAACACAUGAAUCAAGAAAGCGCUUUGAUAAUUAAGUCACACUCUGACCUGUAGAAACAAAUUGAUCCCUAAAGGUCAAUCCCAAUUAAAGUCACUGCAGAAAAAGAAAUCUUAUAGAUAACCAAAUUCGGGCCUUCAAGAUACUAGUUAGCUACGAAGUGGGUUACGAAGUCACAUAUUGAGAACAAAGCAAUUUAAAAGGGGUUCUUUGCUCUACAUAACAUCAUUCAUAAUUGCCUCGUUCCAUUAUGUGUCGGUGAGUGGUAUCCAGGAAAACACGAGAAAAUCCACGAAGUUCGCAAUGACUUCAGUUACUUGGCGUUAAGCUGUAAAGAUCAGAUGAAGGGUUUGUGUAUGUAUACCAGGAUCUUAAUAUUCAAAGCCCAUAGAUAGUGCUAUACCAUGUUAUGAUGAACUUUUGAUUUCUUUAUCGUCUUUCACACUUCUUAUGUGCCUCGCAGCAAUUUAUUUACAUGUGUUCUUUUCGUUUUGUUAAUUACUCAUUUAUGUACCAUAUUUGACUACACUACCUACAUUACCUACACUACCAAUGGAAUACAUACAAAAGUGCAGAUAUAAGGGCUUGUAGGUCAGCAGACCUUAUACAUAUAUGUAAUGUUAUUCAUCAGACGAGAGGUCCGUAUUUGAGAGAAACUGUGCCCGAGGUAUUGGAUACCGUCCGAGGUCUGAUUAGGUGCCUAGUUGGUAGGAUAGGCCAAUCAGUCUUGUCCAUGCCUACCAAAUCAGAAUUUCCCGCUCUGAUCCCUUAGAAACAAUGAAGAAUUUGAAAAAACAAACAAUCAAAAACACAUAUUCGUAUGAAUAACUGUAGCCGCUUUCCAAAUUUCGUGAAUUUAGAAGCCCUUUUUAGUAAAAAACGAUUUCUCGGCUUUUUUUUUCUUUUUUUUACACCAUUCGAAUCGGAUGCGUAACAUGUCUUAAAGAAGUAGAAACAAGGUAUUCUCAACCGAUUUUUUGAGAUAUAACACUUGGUUUAAAGGCAGAAAAAAUCGAGAAAUAAUCUCUUUCAAGAGUGGGAAAGCAUAAGAAUGACAUGUCAAGCACCUCCAAGGGAGGAUGAAGGUGUGCAUGAUACACAUACGUCAUCAACACAGACUUCUGUUAAAACGAUUAAAAUGUGAAAUUAAAUGCGCUCUUUGAAGAAACAAGGACAGCAGGAUAUGAAGCCUCCAACGCUCAGGCUUUUCAAAGUGUGUGAAAGAACUUAAAAACUGAGAAUCUAUGAAAAUCAUACAUGUGCACUACGGUUUAAAGAAAUGUAUUAGUUGUGUUCAUUGUUACGAGCAUCGCUUUCAUAAACAAGAAUUUAAACUUGAUCGGGGCUACCGUGUCAGUAUGUUUUCAGUAACAAUGAUUGUGCAACACUUUACCUUUUUGCAUGUACAACGAUAUUUUUGUGAAUGAAAGCUGCAGACUCCAAAAUUAAUAUUUUACUUUUGAGCGCCUGGCUCUUAGGGAAACGAAAAAACUCACGAAGAGCCCAAUCGCGUUGAAGUUGAAGACAUAGAUUUUAAUCCAAAGCUCGUUGCUGAAGGUUAGCUCUUACAAAACAACUCUUUCUCAGGUCGUACCUCAUUUCAAUUGUGCUUUAACCAGUUCGGUAGCAUAUCAACACAUUACUCGCAAGUCCGCGCGCAUAUAAGAAACUGAUGGGCUUUUGAAUAGCUGCAACAUAGCCAGAAAUCGAGGACGGCAAGCGGCAUUCACCACGGGCGCAUGAUCAGACUCGAUCAAAAUGGCGGCCAGGGCGAAGAAAAGAGCGAGCAAGGGCUUUUAUGAGGAUUUGAAUAACAUGAGCACUGCAGAUUAUCUAGAUGAUUGCACAUCAGCAAGGAAAGGGCCAUUUUAUGAAGUAGAAAGAGUAUUGAGUCAGCGAAGGAUGAGAGGAAAGGUAAAUAUAAUGAUUUUACUCUUUCGGUUCCUUCAAUCAAGAUAGUACCAUUCUUUAAUGGUGCAAUAGAUCAUGGAAAUGGUCAAGGCUAUUUUUUUUGCUUCUCUGUCUUUUGCAUAUUGUAGUGAGACGUCCACAACGUUAAUUUUCCAAGGUAAAAAAGAUUUAACUGGCGGUAUAUCAGACACGGCAUAAUUAAUUAUUUGAACAAAAUCUUUCUCGCAGUUUUUUCCCGCUAUAUUUUGAAAUUCAGCCGGUUUCUAUAUUCAAUAGUUGCCCUAUUUUAACAGGGAUUACAGCUGACCAAUCGAGACGAGGUAGAACAAAAAUGGCUGCCAAAGAGCUGCCAAACAGAAAGAAGACAAACCUUCUCUCAGCAUUUUUCCCUCAGUAAUGGUUCCGAUUCUUCAUUGGUUUCAACUACAACGAGCCCGAUUUUCUUCGUAAAAAGGCUGUGCCUUAGCAAGUGUUUUUUUUUUCUUUUCUGGAGAGAAAAAAAACCUUUGUUCUCCAAGAUAAACAUCGAAUGUUUUGGAUGGGAAGCUAGGCAAACUUGUCGGGAAGAGAACUUUCUCACCUCACGCUUAGAAAAACAUGAAGAUAAGCGCUGUUUUCAUAGCAAAAAUGUCCACUACAUCAAAAUCAGAGAUUGUACUUCGGCGCGGACGUGUUACAGAAGACCCGAUGCUCCUUUCAUAUUUACUCGCCGCGAACUAUAUGAGAACCUCACCUCCUGUUAGUAAAGAAGAUCGUUUUAGUAAAGAAGAUCAUUUUAGUAAAGAAGAUCUGAUGCCAAUGAGGGUUGUAAGUACACGCUAUAACGAGGGCAGCUUGAUAGCUAUUGCGCGCUGCAGAUCAUUAGAAAGCCUUGACGCACUGUGGGAUGGCUAUCGCAUUGGCCUGUUGAAUGAGAUGGCGCAAAAGUAUCUUGUGACAGAAGAGAUUUUGAUGGAAUUUGGCUUAACUGAGAUGAUACUCAAAAUAGCUAUUUCUGAAGAGGAAUACAGAGCUGAUAGAGAUUAUUUCGUAUGUGGACAUUCGGAGUGCUUUCUCCCAAGGGUAGUUUCUCAAGGUCCUUUUGGACUUGAGUCUGAAUCAGACCCCAUGGAGUGUGAAUCACAGGCCGAGACAGACAGUAAGCUUGAGGAUCUGCAACAGCAGGAGGAAAUGAAAAUCGGGCCAAAUGCUUUGUCACAAAACAUGCUACAAUCUACUUCAAACGAAUCUGAGAGUUGUUUAGUUGACAAGAGUGGGUCACUUUGGAAGCUUCAAGAAAUCCAAGCUGCCGCAUGUAUAGCAUUUGCCCCAAACGCUGUUCCGACAGCCAUAUUGUUCAAAUGUACCCUUUUGGGUUCAACAAUGGAACUUCUGCCUUUGGCGAAGAACGAGGAGUUGGUUAGCGAUGUGAUACAGCUGUCAUAUAGUGAAUUAUCAGGCACUAGUUUCACUGGAGAAUUUGAUGAAACAGUAACAGUUGCCCUCUCACAUAGUGCUGCUAAACUUGAGGGAUAUGAAGUUGUAAUUAGCGAGCUAGUUGAUUCGACUAAAAGGGAAUGGAAAGAUUUGGAGACAACAAACGUUUGGGAGAACUCAGAUGUCGAAGAAAACCUCUUGUCAAGGCUUAGAGUGCCGUACGCUGAGGCCAGAGUGACACGCUGUUCCACCUAUGCUGUUCUCUACAGACUCAAGUCGCACACAUACUUGAUCGACCAUUCACGUAAUCAGAAGUUCACCUGUAGAAUCCCGGAGUAUCCAGACGUACAAGUUACAAUUCCAGCCGAAAUUGUGACUAAAGGGAACUUGCAAUUAACCCUAAAGGUACAAGAAAUCCCACAAGAAUGGUUGGAAGAAAGUGGAGUCUUGGCAGGACCUGUAUUGCACAUCACAUGUUCCAGUGCUAUUCAACUAUUAGAACCAGCAGAAAUUACACUCCCCAUGUCGCUUAGCGCAAACGAGGAACAAUAUGUAGAUUUCUCAACCUGUGAUAUAGUGGUGUCAGCAAAUUCUGACGACGGAACAACAGGUUGGAAAGAUAUAACAAAGGAGCUGCCAAGACCAGCGGAACUAAAUGAUAGAGUGGUGACAUUUCAAGUCAGACAUUUUACUCGGUUUUUGGUAUCGCGAAAGGAAAGAAAACGUUUAAGAAGGCAGUCUCGUCUAUAUCAUCACGCUGAUUCGAAGCCAAGAACAGCCGGAUUCGCUGCGUGCUUGUGUAGAGUCGACGAGUUUAGUAGAAAUUCUCAAUUGAGAUUUUGUUGUUAUCCUAGUCAUUUGGAGAAACGAGUCAGACAGGAAUGGUUUUCUACAUACUCAGUCUCCCUUUAUGGAUGUGGAAGCUCUAACGAGAAGCUCUGUGACGAUGAAAGAAUAACUGCAAGGCCUUAUAGGGGUCUCAAACUUCGUAAAGAAACAUUAGCUGACGAAUUAAUUUUGAGGUUUAAUCGCUCAGAGAAGUACGAAAGCGAAGUCAUUGUGCAAAGAAAUCGAGGAGAUGUCCAAGUUAAGUUCUUUAACGAGGAUGGCUCAAAAUGUCUGCGGAACAUGACAAUUGUUACACCUCAAAAAACUCAGGUUUUACAAGAUGCACGUGGAACGUCAGAGGCAGGCGAUAGUUCAGAAAAUAUGAAGAUUUCGUCUUCUCAUGGUGGUCCAACUCCUAAACGGCCAAAAAAGAUCAAAGAUGGGGUAAAAAAAGGCUGUCCCUCUUUAGAAGAGUUGCUUGACCUCUCGCAAAAGCUUGUCAAGUGGAAACCACUUGGGCGUUACCUAUUGGACAUGGAUGAGUCUACAAUAACACAGAUCCAUAAGGAAAAUGAGGAACUGGAGGAAAAGGCUUAUCAAAUGUUGCGACAUUGGAAACAGAAAAAACACAAAAAAGCAACCUAUCAUGCUUUAUUUUCGGCUUUGUGUAGGAUAGAUCGCAAGGAUUUGGCUGAGGAAUUUUGUCGAGCAGGAACAAGUACCUUUUAAUAUACUUCGUUGCAAUUUAUAUUCUGGUGAUACGUAUUUCAUACACUGACAGCUAUAUUUAAGUCAAACUCCUACUUGUGCUUCCCCCUUUUUAGAAACUAUGCUAUUAUUAGAUUCAAAGCGUUACUGGUUCCAUGGCCGGAUGUCUUCUUUCACAUACUGCACUCCUUUUUUAAUCAGUGUAUGUUUGGCUAACAUCAAACAAAUUAAACCUUAACAUAAAAAAAAUCAAAUUUCGUUAUAUUUCGUCCAUGUCCAAAAAGACUAUCUUUUCAACCUAAAAUAUGCAUAUUUGACAAUGAGGAGAAUAUGAACGUCCCCUUAGUCUGCAAAGAUUACGCUAAGUGUCUAGAAAUAUUAAUUUACCCUAAUCUUUCUUGGAAGAUCCAUAUUGAAUAUAUCACUCUGAAGAUUAGUAAAACUGUAGGUCUUCUCGCACAAUUAAGACACUUUGUACCUCCCCACACCUUAUUAAAUAUUUAUCAGUCUUUAAUCUGUCCUUAUAUUACUUAUGGAUUAUCUGUCUGGGGCCAGGCCUGUAAGUCUUAUCUAAAUGAUAUCUUAAUGUUACAAAAAUGUGCAUUACGUUUCAGGUACUUCGCAAACAAAAAUUAACAUACCAUUCCACUGUUUAUUAAUGCUAAGAUUUUGCCUCUGAACUUUUUGUUCUACGAAACUUUAUCCGAAUUGAUGCACGACGUUAGCACUGCUACUGCCCCAAUUAAUAUACGUAAUUUAUUUACGAAAACGUCUAGUAUCCAUUCUUAUAACACACGCUCAUCUACUUCAGAUAAUUUUUACAUAAAAGCUUCAAGACUUGAAAUCCAAAAAUUUUCUUUUUCAAGGAUUGGUGCUAAACUGUGGAAUGAGAUACCUAACUCUCUGAGAGGGCUACCAAAGAAAUCCUUCAAACUCAGAAUUAAAAAUAAACUAUUAGGUGUACUCGAAGAUGAAGACUCUUUCAUUGAGGUUCACAAAAUCUUAUUUAAGCGAAAUUAAAAUGUCAAGUAGUAGUAGUAGGGGGGAGGGAAGAGAGAGGAACAAACAAACAAACAAAUAUCAUCUAUUAAAUCACAUUCUUUUCCUACUUUUCUUUUUAAUUUUACUAAUAUUAAUAGUAAUAAGCUAAUGAUGGACUGUAGCUAUUGAUGGACUAGCCCGCCUAGACUAGCAUAGCUAUAUGCGGGCCAGUCUGACUUUAAGUGUAUGUUUUUAUGUAAUAACAAUAAUGAUAAACGAUGACAUGAU